CUGUGAACAGCGUUCCACGUACACAGUCGCUCUCUGCUUCAAACAGCCAUGAAUCUUUUUCGGUUGUUCGGGGACAUGUCCCACCUGGCGUCAAUUCUCAUACUCCUGCACAAGAUUCAGACGACACGGUCAUGUCGAGGCAUAUCAUUCAAGACGCAGGCUCUCUAUGUCGCCGUGUUCGUUACCCGAUAUCUGGACCUCUUCUAUGACUAUGUUUCGCUAUACAACUCCGUCAUGAAGAUUUUCUUUAUCGCGAGCACCUGCUACGUACUCUACCUAAUGAAAGUAAAGUUCCGGCCAACGAACGACCCAUCCAUUGACACCUUCCGCGUCGAGUACCUCGUCGGACCCUGUAUUCUCCUUGCGCUCAUCUUCAACUACAAGUUCACAUUCACGGAAGUCCUGUGGUCCUUCUCCAUAUUUCUAGAGUCUGUCGCCAUCCUCCCGCAGCUGUUCAUGCUGCAGCGUACCGGCGAGGCAGAGACAAUCACGACGCACUACUUGGCAGCGCUGGGCGCAUACAGGGCACUCUACAUCCCGAACUGGAUCUACCGGUACUGGACAGAAGACGUUGUGGAUCCAAUUGCUGUCACAGCGGGCAUCGUCCAGACCGCGCUCUACCUGGACUUUUUCUACGUCUAUGUCACAAAAGUGUUACAAGGGCAGAAAUUUGAACUCCCUGCAUAAAUGUGAUGUCAGAAAAGUAAUGCAUAUCGACUGUUGUUCUUUUGGCUAGAGCCGUAACUUAUCGAAGACAUUUUUGGCUGCCUGAAUAUUUUUGGUUUUUGUCC